CUGCCCACCGACCGCUCUUCAAAAUGUCUCCUGCGCUGCAUCGGACCGACGACUGCUAUACUAUUACUGACUUCGAGAUUGGCAAGCGGCUCUUCACGACUCACAUGGCUCUACAGUUAGUCGAGGCCUCACCUGAAGGCAGAGAAAGUGCCGAUCUGACCCAGUUAGACUCCCUAAUCACUGCGUACGACUUCGAAGAAGCUAUUGCCGCGUUGGUAAAAGCUGGCUUGGAUGUUCCCCGGGCGGAACUGGUUUGCGAUGAAACCUAUCAGGACAUCCUUUAUAAAAUCAUCGGGCGUAGCAGACUGGGUGACACGCACUUAAAAGAAUCCUUUCCCAAAUUGAUGGCGGCACUACCGUUGCUGGGUUCACCGACUGGUGGGGUAGACCUCAUGGUCGAUAACCUCACUCAAGGGGUACAGAAUGGGUUUAUCACGAGUCCCCAGGACGCAGAGGCUGACAUUUGGAUGUAUACCUGCCGCCUGUGGGAGGAUGCUCAAAACAGGGGAGUGGGGGCACCCAAGGUAGUGGAAACACGCAUUAGCAACAUCCCACCAAAGUUCCGUGUCACCAUUCAGUACCGUGGAGUGGAAGCCUUUGGUGAGGGUAGAAACAAGAAAGUAGCGCGCCAUAUUGCCGCCAAAGGUGCUUGUGGGAAACUCAACAUUCGGCUAGGCUAG